UAUUUUAACCUAUCAGUUUUUACAGUGUGGAACCCAGGUUGCGCGGGUGUAGAUGCACUUUUUUCAGCAGUUGACAGGAGAAAACUGUCUUGUCGUCCCGCCAGUAAACAUUAUUGCACAAGUCCUUAGUUAUAUGGCGUCACAGAAGUUUAUAGGUACUUAGAUAGUGCCCUCUUGGCCUGAUGCGGUGUUAUGGCCGCUACUUUGGCAGGGUUGUGGAAAUAAUAUUCAGGCGGAAUAUAAGUGUUACAGAGGAAAUCAGUGUUGUAUACACGGAAGGACCACGAAGUCUAUAAUAAGAGCGUACGACUGGAAUGGCUACAUUAUUGCUGUUAGAAUAUCGUUUGUGUAAUCGAUACGAACAUGAUGGAAUUCAUGUUGUGUGUGUAAAAGAUUAAAAAAAAAAAAAAAAAUGAAUGACAGUUGUGUGGACUUAAUAUAUUUAUUGUCCAGGCCAAUGAGCCAUAUAAAAAGAGAAAAAAAGAGAAUGAUAAAAGGAAAGCUGUUGACAUGAAAAAAAAAAAAAAAAAAAUGAAUGACAGUUUUGUGGACUUAGUAUAUUUAUUGUCCAGGCCAAUGGGCCAUAUAAUAAGAGAAGAUACGAGAAAAGCUGUUGACAUAAAAAAAAAAAAAAAAUGAAUGAAAGUUGUGUGGACUUAAUAUAUUUAUUGUCCAGGCCAAUGGGCCAUAUAAUAGGAGAAGAUACGAGAAUGAUAAAAGAAAAGCUGUUGACAUGAAAAAAAAAUUUUAAAAAAUGAAUGACAGUUUUGUGGACUUAAUAUAUUUAUUGUCCAGGCGAUUGGGCCAUAUAAUAAGACAAAAUAAAAGAAUGAUAAAAGAAAAGCUGUUGACAUGAAAAAAAAAAAAAAAUAAAUAAAAAUGAAUGACAGUUUUGUGGACUUAAUAUAUUUAUUGUCCAGGCCAAUGGGCCAUAUAAUAAAACAAAAUAAAAGAAUGAUAAAAGAAAAGUUGUUGAAAUGAAAAAAAAAAAAAAGAGCCAGUUUAAGCCGAGAGGGCAUUGGGUGUUUGACACGAUCCAGCACCCAUAUUAAUUGCAUUUCUUUUCUUGUCUCAUUUUAGGUUUUACUAUAUUCUCACGUUUGGAAACCUAUUGAAAUUGCAUCAGUCAGGAAAUUGAUAAUAGAUUGUUUUAGAUCCCGCGUGCGAGAGCUGUAGUGCAUGAAGAGAUAUAUUAAGGAAAUUGGUUUGUUCCUGCAAUUCCAAUCUCAGAGAGGGUUACCGGGUGUCUUACCCGCCACAAUAGUGCAUUUGUGUUUGUAUUCAUUGCUUCUCUUAGGUGCACAAAACGUCAGUCCAGUGCAUGUCCAUGGCUUAUAUGCUGCUCUUAAGUGGGUUCAUGGGAUAUUGCCCUAACUCCAGAAGCCUUUAGAUGCUGACAUAUGUCGGAAAAUGGUUGAAGCAGAAAAAAGAAGCAGAACCAGCCCAGUGAUGAAGAAAGAGCCAGUUUCUGUGGAACUGAUGAAGGAUAUUGUUCGAAAGUACGGGCAUGAAGAUGCUACGCUUAAAGAUUUGAGACUGGCAACUAUGUGUGUUUUAUUAUUCGCAGGGUUGAUCCGUGCAAAAGAAUUUCUUAUCAUUAGAGUACUGGAUAUCACGUAGUUUGACGAUCAUUUCGUCAUUAAUGUGCCAGAAAGCAAAACGGACAUCUAUAGACAAGGUCAGCACGUAUUUAUGGCAAAAUCCAAUCCUGAAACAUGUCCUGGUGUUUUAAUAAACAGAUACCUCGCGAAGGCGAACAUCUCACUUAAUUAAUGACAGUGACGUUCACUUAUUUAGGAAUCUAGUUUAUUUCAAAUUAGUAGAUAGUUACACUUUAGGAAUGAGAGUUGUGUCCUACACAAGAUUCCGCGAGAAUUAUAUUACAAAGAAUGUCUUAAAGAGUUAGGCUACGAUGAAAAGUUGUACGGAUUGCAUAGUUUUCUUGCUGGUGGUGCAACCACAAUUGCUAACAGUUUGACAGCUCCUAAUAAAGAGAGAUUGGUAGAACUAUAUCACCAGUGGAAACGGACAUUAGUGAAAACAUGUAUAUUAAAGAAGAUAAAGCAGAAGGCUUAUGGCAUGGUUUCUAAAAGCAUGGGUAUAUGAAUGUAAAUAAGUUUAACUGUGUGAAUAAAGUCGAGUGUGGGUACCGGUUUGCUAAGACAAGCCUAGCCUAUAAUAACAAACUAGUUUGGUUAUUGUAUUGUGUACAGAGGAAUGGCGAAUUAAUAGGAAAAUGCUUUUCAUUCGGACGAAUAGCAUGAGGGAGAAUGAAAUAGAU